AUGGAAGGUCGUGAGAGAGAUCCCUCUCCCCGGGCGGAUGCAAGGAUAUCAGAAGGCAGGCCUUCGCGCAGGUCUCCUGCCAUUCUCUCAGAGGCUUCGGAGGCAUCAAAGAAUGAUCUGAUUGCGAGGGAGCUGGGCUGUGGUGGUACCGUGGACAGUCGGAGUUGCGAUUCGAACCGGGCAGAUUUCAUUCAAACAGAGCGGGAGAUAAGGGAGGCUAUUCGACUUCAUCAGGUGCAAGACUGCCGCACUGGGUCGGCAUUCAGUAGUCAAUAUGGGAGUUUGAGGGACCAGAUUGAUGACCCCUACGGGACCAUAUUCAGAUUAAGAGAGAAUUUAAUGGGAAUAUUCAAUAAUCAACCCAUCAUGAUGUCUAUUGACGACGGGGUUAAAAUUGUCAUGGGUGAGCCUGACGGUCAACCAGCCUACCUUAUUACCGUGACAGCCCUUGCUGCGGCGCUGACCCCACUAUGUAAUUACCGAUAUACGACCAACAUUCAGCGACAAAUUCUCGAAGAGCUUGGUAUCCCACCAGGCCGUGGCAUGGUCAAACUUCAACCCAUGGCUGAAGACAAUUUGGGUAUUGACGGGAUAACAUAUGGCCAAAAAAUCAGGGCGAUGGAAGAGGCAUCAAAUGGAGAGAACUAUUCUAAGAUUAUAUCCCGCAAAACGAGCACUUCACAUCGCCGAUCGAUUAUGUCAGCUUCUUCCGGGUUUUUGAGAAGGUUCAAGUCCAAAUCCACCUUGGAUUCACGGGCUCCGCGUAGCUCGAGUAAAGGCGAACACACGGGGUCGGUAGAAGGGAUGGGCUCUGAUCACGAAACGAAGUCAAAGUAA